CGUCAGAGCGAUCUUCCGAGCAGACGCUUUCAGUCGCGUCAGGAUGCGCACCUUGACAGUGUGCGUGUUCUUAGUGGCUCUGAGCCUUCCGAACUCCACAUCAUCUAAUGAGGAAGUCAAGUCCAAGAGUGUACAAAAGUUUCUCGAGGAGCCCGAAGACACCGAGGUGAACCCAGGCGAGGAUGUCACGCUUCGGUGCGUGGUGGAGAACCGUCGAGGCAACUGCGCCUGGCUCAUGGACGGAGUCGCAGUCGGGCGCAUCCCGGACAAGUACGUUUACGAGCGGAGCCCGAAGAACGGCGACUGUUCCCUGCAGAUCCUCAAUACAACGCUCGAGGAAGACAACGGCUCGUGGCAGUGCCAAGUGACCCAGGCCUCUCUCGACGAGAAACCCCUAGCCUCCACGAAUAUCAAGCUCGUUGUGCUAGAGUCACCACACCCUCCUAGCAUCCAAAACGGCUCGCGCCUUCUGACCCCUAGUAGCAACUUCACCACAAAGGCGGGGGACUCUCUGAACUUUCAGUGCGUGUCCGGCAAGGGGAACCCACCAGCGUUUCUACGUUGGUUCCUGGACUCUCAAGACGUCUCCCACCUGGCCACGCAAACCAACGAAACAGACAAAGAGAAGCCUUAUACAUGGAAGGCACUGUCCGUGUUGAACUAUACCUUUAACAACACCGACAACGGCAAGCAGCUCAAGUGCGGCGCUUACCAUGUCACUUACGGGAAGGUUGUCGAGGACCCCGAAGCCCGAGGACUCGGACAUCGAGAUGUGGCUGUCGCGCUAAACGUCAAGUAUCUCCCGGAGAUCAAGUACGACGGAAACCCUCCGGAGGAAGUGGCGGAAGGCGACUCGUUGAAGCUAAGUUGUGCCGUGACGGACGCUAACCCGCCGGCCAGUGUCGCCUGGCGCAAGACCGGACAGUCGAGCAUCUAUGCAAAAGGGAGCAGCCUCGAAUUUACCUCCAUCCGCCGCACAAACUCUAGUGUUUACAGUUGCUUCGCCGAAAAUGACGUCGGAAAAAGCCCCGAGAUCCCUGUCAGAGUUGACGUCAAAUUUCCUGCGAAGAUUAUUCGGGUGGAGCCGCCGACGACCACCUUCACUCUCAAUGAGGACAUCACUCUCCACUGUUACGCUGAAGGAAAUCCCGCCCCAGAGAUUACUUGGUUGAAGCAAAACGAGGAAGACCCAGAGAAGUGGGACAUCCAAAGCCAGAACAGGACGCUCACAAUCGAGAACGCAUCGUACAGCAACAGCGGCGUCUACCGCUGCGACGCCAGAAACAUGAUUCGAACCAAGCAGCACAUGGCGAAAUCGCGAGAGAUACGCCUUGCCAUCAAAGGCAAGCCAACUCUGAGAACGAACAUAGAGUGGAAAAGAAAUACUGAUGGCAGUCACAGUGCAGAACUUGUUUGCACGGUAGACAGCGUAACUCGAAGUCACACAAAGUGGCUGGGCAACGACGGGUCCCCGCUGCUCCAAGGCGCAUCCAUCCAACUCUCCGUUGUCGGAAAUGACCACAGGGCCAAGAUCAACAAUGCAAGCGAACUGAACUACGGCAACUACACCUGCGUCUCAAAGAACAAAUACGGCAUUGCCAACAGCACUGUAGAGAUCUCGGGCAAACCAACGUUGAAAACAACAAUGCAAUGGACACGCGUUGUGGACGGCAACCGCAUGGUUGAACUUGUUUGCGAGGUAUUUGGCGCCAAUGCAAGUCGCACAGAUUGGCUUCGAAGUGACGGAUACCCGCUGGUUCACAGCGAGUUUGUGCAUCUCUUCGUCGACGGCAAUAAACACACGGCUCAGCUCAACAUUGUGAGCUCAUUGGACUACGGCAAUUACACCUGCGUAUCCGAGAACAAAUACGGCAUUGCAACCAGCGCUGUCCAGGUCUCAGGCGAGCCAACUCUCAGAACGACCGUCCACUGGACACGCAAUCUUGAUGGCACUCGCGAUGCAGAACUUGUUUGCACGGUAUACAGCGUGAAUCCAAGUCGCACAAAGUGGCUGGGCAAUGACGGGUCUCCGUUGCGCCCAGACGAAUACUUACAACUCUCCGUCGACAAAAAUAACCACAGGGUCCAGUUGAACAAUGCAAGCGAACUGAACUACGGCAACUACACUUGCAUCUCCCAGAACAAAUACGGCACUGCUAUGAGCACUGUAGAGAUGUCAGGCAAGCCAACUCUGAGAACGAACAUAGAGUGGACAAGAAAUACUGAUGGCAGUCGCAGUGCAGAACUUGUUUGCACGGUAGACAGCGUCACUCAAAGUCGCACAAAGUGGUUGGGCAAUGACGGGUCCCUGCUGCUACAAGGCGAAUCCAUCCGAUUCUCCGUUGUCGGAAAUGACCACAGGGCCAAGAUCAACAAUGCAAGCGAACUGAACUAUGGCAACUACACCUGCGUCUCAGAGAACAAAUACGGCAUUGUCAACAGCACUGUAGAGAUCUCGGGCAAACCAACGUUGGAAACAACAGUGCAAUGGGCACGCGGUGUGGACGGCAGCCGCAUGGUUGAACUUGUCUGCGAGGUACUCAGCGCCAACGCAAGACGCACAGAUUGGCUCCGAAGUGACGGAUCCCCGCUGGUUCAGGGCGAGUUUGUGCAUCUCUUUCUCGACGGCAAUAAACACACGGCCAAGCUCAAGAAUCUGGGCCAAUUAAGUUACGACAACUACACCUGCGUAUCCCAGAACAAAUACGGCAUUGCCAAGAGCACUGUCGAGAUCUCAGGCAAGCCAACUCUCAGAACGACCGUACACUGGACACACAAUCUUGAUGGCAGUCGCGAUGCAGAACUUGUUUGCACGGUAGACAGCGUCACUCCAAGCCGCACAAAGUGGCUGGGCAAUGACGGGUCUCCGUUGCGCUCAGACGAAUACUUACAACUCUCCGUCGACAAAAAUAACCACAGGGUCAAAUUCAACAAUGCAAGCGAACUGAACUACGGCAACUACACCUGCGUCGCCAAGAAUAAUUACGGCAUUGCCAUGAGCACUGUAGAGAUGUCAGGCAAGCCAACUCUGAGAACGAACAUAGAGUGGACAAGAAAUACUGAUGGCAGUCACAGUGCAGAACUUGUUUGCACGGUAGACAGCGUCACUCAAAGUCGCACAGAGUGGCUGGGCAAUGACGGGUCCCGGCUGCUCCAAGGCGCAUCCAUCCAACUGUCCGUUGUCGGAAAUGACCACAGGGCCAAGAUCACCAAUGCAAGCGAACUGAACUACGGCAACUACACCUGUGUCUCCCAGAACAAAUACGGCAUUGCCACGAGCACUGUAGACAUCCCGGGCAAACCAACGUUGAAAACAACAAUGCAUUGGACACGCGGUGCAGAUGGCAGCGGUAUGGUUGAACUUCUUUGCGAGGUACUCAGCGCCCAUGCAAGACGCACAGUUUGGCUUCGAAGUGACAGAUCCCCGCUGGUUCACGGCGAGUUUGUGCAUCUCUCCGUCGACGGCAAUAAACACAUGGCCAGGCUCAAGAAUGUGAGCGAAUUGGAAUACGACAACUACACCUGCGUAUCCGAGAACAAAUACGGCAUUGCUAUGAGCACUGUCGAGAUCUCAGGCAAGCCAAGUCUGAGAACGACCAUACACUGGACACGCAAUCUUGAUGGAAGUCGCGAUGCAGAACUUGUUUGCGCGGUAGACAGCGUCACUCCAAGUCGCACGAAGUGGCUCGGCAAUGACGGGUCUCCGUUGCUCCCAGACGAAUACUUGCAUUUCUCCGUUGUCGGAAAUGACCACUGGGUCAAGUUCAACAAUGCAAGCGGACUGAACUAUGGCUACUACACCUGCGUCUCCCACAACAAAUACGGUAUUGCCAUGAGCACUGUAGAGAUGUCAGGCAAGCCAAUUCUGAAAACGAACAUAGAAUGGACACGCCAUUCCGAUGGCAGUCGAAGUGCAGAACUUGUGUGCACGGUAGACAGUGCCAAUCCGAGCCACACGGCUUGGCUGCACAAUGACGGGACCCCGCUGCUCCAAGGCGAAUCCAUAAACCUCUUCGUUGUUGGAAGUGAACACAGGGCCAAGAUCAACAAUGCGAGUGAACAAAACUACGGCAACUACACCUGCGCCUCCCAGAACAAAUACGGCAUUGCCAUGAGCACUGUAGAGUUCUCAGGCAAGCCAACCGUGGAAACGACCCUACGGUGGACACGGGGUUUCCAUGGCAGACCCAUUGCAGAACUUCUUUGCACUGUUGACAGCGCCCAUCCAAGUCACACAGAUUGGUUGCGCAGUGGCCUUUCCCCACAGGUCCCCGGCGAGUCCCUGCGGCUCGCCGUUGCAGGUAACAACCACACAGUCAAGUUCCACAAUGUAAAGGAAAGGGACUACGGCAACUACACCUGCGUCUCCAAGAACAAAUACGGCAUUGCUAUGAGCACUGUCGAGAUCUCAGGCAAGCCAACGGUGAACACAACGUUGCAGUGGACACGAAAAUGUGACGGCAACAUGAGUGCAGAACUUGUUUGCGUGGUAUUCUCUCCCGGUCUAACCUUUACGCACUGGCAGCGGGAUGACGGGACCUUGUUAUUCCAUGGCGAGUCCGUGCAUCUCUCCAGCGUCGGCUACAACACCACAGCCAAGUUCAACAAUGUCAGCGAACGCGACUACGGCAACUACACAUGCGUCUCCAAGAACAAAUACGGCAUUGCCAUGGGCACAGUCGAGAUCUCGGAUAAAUCAGCCGAAACUCAAGAUCUUCACCCGACGUUCCCGACAUCCACAGAAGACUCCGAAAUGACCAAUGAAUUGACCUUGUUGCCCGGAGAUUACCACACAACAAAGGAAAAGACUGAGAAAGCAUCUAGAAACAGUUCAACAGCCAGAACUCCAUAAGGGUCAACACCAAUAAAUCCAAUCAAUCAGUCGAGCAUAUUUAUGACAGCAGAAAAGCAUGCAUACAUUAAACAAUUGAAACUCAGAUUGUAGAAAACGGAACGAGUUGCUAAGGAGCCGUGUUUUCAACAAUGUGAUAAAUAAAAAUUGCUGACACAUG